CGGGCCCUAGUUAUUAUAUAAGUAUAAUAUAAUACCCAUAUGACUGUAUAACAAAAUUUUGUUUUGUAAUUAUCAUCAUUAGUUUUUCUACACUGUAAAUUAAUAUAAAUAUAAUUCCAUAAAAAACAUGUUUUCAGGUAAGUUUUAAGAAUUCUUAUUUCGUAACAGGGUGUAACACUCGGCUCAGGAAGUAACCUGUAUAAUAAUAUAUUUCUUGUAAAGUCUAAUUUAUCUUCAUGAAUCUAUUAGGAAUAAUAUAAUUCUGAUUCAUUAUUAGAAUUGAAAUGCAUGUAAUUUGGAGUUCCUUGAGUUGCGGCCUCUGCGGUCAAAUGCAGUUUUGAAAUAGGCAAAACCAAUAUACUCACAACCUUCGUUAUUACUACUAUUUACUUUUAGUAGUCUUCGACAAUUACGCGUGUUACAAGUGCUAAGAUUGAAAUUGAAAAUAUUAACUCUAAAAUAUCGAGAAAUAAUUUUACGUUUGUUUUGGAUAUUUGAUUUAAAUGCAUAUUUUGUUCAGUGAGUUCUGUGAGUGAGUGAGUUAUUCGAAGAUCAUUAAUUUAUCCAUGAUCUUAGCAUGUCUCGAUCUUGUUUUUAUGAAAUAAUGUUUUCUCUAAUUAUCACUGUUAUCUUAGUGAUUUUAUGGUUUCAAUAUAAGUUUAAAUAUUGGGCGAGAAAGGGCGUUACCGGACCACAGCCAGUAUUUUUGUUUGGUAACAUAAAAGAAGUCAUUGAAAGAAAGAAACAAUUUUUCCAACCUUAUUGGGAGAGCUAUUUUAAAUACAAACAUUUACCUUAUGUGGGAAUGUAUUGUUUUCAUCGUCCCGUUUUGUCUAUACACGAUCUGGAUAUAGCGAAAAUGAUACUUACGAAAGACUUCGAAUAUUUUCAAUCUCGUGGAACGUACUCUGGAGGAUAUGGGGACCCAUUGGCGGUGAAUUUAUUUAAUAUACAUGGCAAAAGAUGGAAGUAUUUGCGUCUGAAGAUGACUCCAGCUUUCACACCCGGCAAACUGAAAACAAUCUAUCCCAUUGUGCAUGACGUUGCGGAUCAAGCUUUGAAUUACGCAGAUUUGCUACAAUCUAAUAAGGAAUCGAUAGACUUUUCCGACUUUUACUCUAAAUAUGCAAUGGAAAUAAUUGCCAAUAUUGGUUUUGGAGUCGAAUGUAACAGUUUUAAGAAUGCAACAUCGGAGUUUUAUAUUCGUGGACAUGAAUAUUUUGACCAUAAAUCUCAUUAUUGGAGGUUUAUACGAGCUUUUGCAUUUUUUGCCCCCGAUAUUUUUGACAGGUUAAAAAUUAAGCGCAUUAGUUCGAAUAUUGAGAAUUUCUUUUAUGGAUUGGUGAAAUCUACAGUUAAUUAUCGUCAAAAGCUAAACUAUAAGCGCAAUGAUUUUUUACAAACACUCAUUGAAUUGAAGAAUGAACACAUACGAGAACAAGGCGACGUGAAAUUUGUACAAGAUUUCCCGUUCUCCAUGAACGACGUAGCAGCCAACGCUAUGCUAUACAUGAUAGCCGGCUACGAAACCUCUGCCACUACCGGUCAAUUCGCAGCGUACCAACUCGCUCUGAACCCUGAAGUUCAAUCCAAAGCUCGUGAGGAGGUAGAUAGAGUGCUAGCUAAAUAUGGUGGUAAAUGCACUUACGAGGCGCAGAACGAGAUGACAUAUUUAAAUAUGGUUCUUGAUGAAACAAUGAGGAUGCAUCCUUCAAUGCGUUGCCUAUUCCGAAGAUGUAAUAAAAAUUACAGAAUGCCUAAUACAGACUUGGUCAUAGAGAAAGGAACUUUAAUAUUUAUUCCAAUACAUGCAAUACAAAUGGACCCGGAUAUAUUCCCUGAUCCAAAAAAAUUCAACCCGGAUAGAUUUUCACAAGAGAAUAAGACGAAAAUGCAUCCAUGCCAUUGGAUGCCUUUCGGAGAAGGGCCAAGGAAAUGUUUGGGGAUUCGCCAAGGAUACAUACAAUCUAAGAUUGCGUUAGUGAUGAUACUGCAUAAAUACGAGCUUCUGUUGGACGAUAGGACACCGGUCCCAAUGAGGAUCAAGGCUUCCUCGCUCGUGUACGGCGCAGAAUGUGGGGUCUGGUUGAAGCUAAGGAGGUUAAACUCGAGUUUGUAGACUAAACAUUGCAUCAAUGUUGGCACAGAAAUAGGCACUAAUUGCGUAAUAAUUGACGAGCUAUUGUUACAUACUGCGGUAGGAUCAUGUGGUUUUUGAUGCUUCGUUUUAAUUGUAUUGCUAUUUAUAUAAAAUAUAUCAAAAGGUACCAACAUGGUUUUGUCGACCUAGCUUUGCCAUUAACUAUGAAUAUUAAGAAUAAACAAUGCAAUCUAACGUUUAGCAAACCAAAUCUUCAUAGGCUCGGAAUCAAUCGACAUUCAAAAUGAGACAUAAUUGGAAUGUAACAUGAAUAAGUAAUGAUAGUUAGACUAAUUUAAGUUUUAAAAAUAAUAUAAUAUAAUGGUCUAUUAACACCUUAUCAAGACAUUUUACGAUUAGGAGCACAUACGUAUCAGCAGUAGGGUACCGGACUCAUUUUUGUUCUUUACUAUUAUCAAAUAUUUACGUUAUAUCAAUUAUAACACAAAAGGAACUAUUAAAAUCCGGUAAUAAAUCAACAAGU